AUGAUAAAAUCAGAAUCAAUCGAUUUUCAUAGCUAUUUACCUCCUUAUAGGUCGUUGUUGAACCCUAACGCCAGAUAUGAUUAUCAAACUCAUUCUUUAAUCCCCUUAAGUCAAAAUGAAAUUAAUAACUUAAAUGCUACCUUAAGAAAAAGAACCACCAAUAAAGAUAAUUCAUCUAAAUUAAUCACUUCAGGUCCAUCCACCACCACUAACACUACCAACAACAACAAUGGAGGUAAUAAUAGCUUUAAAAUGAAAUAUAAGUCCCUUUUAAGUGAUGUAAGUCGUUCAUUAUCUAUGAGACUUUCAAAUCCAAAUUUAAUGGCAAAUGUAUCAACUACAUUAUCUGCUGCAGCAGCUGCCGCAGCAGCAGUUCAUGCUGCUACUUCUUCAUCAAAUGCAUCUAUAUCAGGAAGUUUGGCCUUAACUACUACCACUAACAAUAAUAAUAUCAUCAUUCAACCUCCACCACCACCACCUCCUCCAUUACAAUUUAAAAAUUUACCAGUUGAAAUCAUAGAUUUAAUAUUCUUCUUUAUUGAUUCAAAAUCAGAUUAUAAAGCUUGUCUAUAUACCGAUAAAUUAUUCUAUUAUUUUGCUAAACCUUAUUACUACCAAGAUUUACAAUUCACUUCCACUUAUAGAUUUGCUCAAUUUAUAUCUUAUUUAAGAUUAAAUCUGGAAAUUGGUCAAUAUAUUAAAACCAUUGAUUUAUCUAAUAUAAAACCUGGUUAUGAUGAAGAUGCUGAAGAAAAUAAUAAUGUUAAUAAUCAAAAUCAUAAUAUUGAAAUUGAUUUUCAAGAAGUAAAUCAUUCAAAUGAAGAUCUUCAUAAUACAAAUUCAAGAGAUCAAGAUGAAUUUAUAAAUGAUAAAAUUUUAGCAGGUUGGAGAGAUUGGAAAUUUAAAAAUAAUCCAUUAUAUUCAAUUCAUCCUGUUGGAACUUCAAUGAGUUUAACUAAAAUUUCAUCAAAUUCUCAAAUUUCAGUAGUUUCAACUACAUCAUCUCAUAAAUCUUUUAAUUCAUCAUCUCCAAAUAAAAGAUUUAAACCAUUUAAAUAUUUUAAAUCAAAGAAAAGAUCAAAAAAAUCAAAUCCUCCUAAAUUAGAAUAUUUAAAUUUAGCUGCCAAUCAUCAUUUCCGUCAUCAUAAUGAUCAUAGUGAUUUAUUAACUUAUGCUAAUUCUCAUUCUCAUUCAUCAUCAGUUCGUUUUCAAUCAUCUGCUUUAACUCGAAAUUCAUCUCCUCAUCCUUUAAUCAAUAAAUUCUUAUUAAAUUAUUCAACUUCAAAAGAUAUUCCAGUAGGUUAUGUUUUACAUUUAAUUAAUUUAUGUCCAAAUGUGGUAUCAUUAAAUUUAGCUAAUAUAUCAUUAUCAAUCGAUUAUGAAAUUAGUAGAGCAAUGGUAUAUAAAUUUCAAACUUUUGAUUUAAUGAAUAAUUAUCCUAAAGAUAUCGUUCAUAAAAUUGAUGAAAUUAUGAAUUUAAAUGAUUAUUUUAGCGAAUAUGGAGAUAAUUUAUCAACUUUAGAUGGUGGUUGUAGUACGAGUUUAUUAUUAAAUGAUGGUAAUGUUAAUUUACCUACCAAUUCUAAACAGCAAUUUCAACCAUCUUCUUCCUUUCAAUCACUGUCACAAUCUCAAACUCCUUCUUAUCAACAACAACAACAACAACAACAAUCGACUUCUUCUUCAUCACAACCUCCUCCUCCAUUUUUCCAAUCAAAUUUAUUCAAAUCUACUCAAUCCAAUUCUUCCGCUGCAUCUUCAGUUUAUUCCAUAACUACUUUUUCAAAACCAAUUCGUAAAUAUAAUAGUCUUUUACCUCCUUUACCUCAAACGGUUAAUGAUAUAAGUUAUCUUAAUAAAGGAGAUGGUAAAGUUUAUUUAAGUGAUUUAAAUUUAAAAUCGAUUAAUAAUUCUUAUCUAACUAAAUUAAAUGAAACUGAAUUAUUAACGGCUAUAAUUAAAAUGCAUGGUUCAAAAUCUCCCUUAAUUGCUAAGAAUAGUCAACGAGAUUUUAAUUAUUAUAAUAAUUAUUAUACUAAUAUGAUUUUAAAUGAUUCAAAAUUCACCAUUACCAAUUUAAAAUAUAUUAAUUUAUCAUCAAUGAUUUGGUUAAAUAAAGCAUCUAUUCAAAAGUUUUUAAAGAAUUUAAUUAUUAAUAAAGAUAGACAUACUCAUUCUUCAAUGAUUUUUACUGAUUAUGAAUCUUAUGAUGAAUUAGAAGAAGAAUACGUUGAAGAUGAAACUAGUGAAGAAAAUUCGUUAUAUAAAAUGAAUGAAUCAUUCAAUGCAUCCGAUUAUAAACAAGAUUUAAUCAUUGAUUUAACUGAUUCAGGAAUGUAUAAGAAUUUACAAUGGGCUAAAAUUAUUGAUUUAAAUACCAAAGAUGGAUGUAAAUUGGUUCAUAAAAUCAUUAAUGAUGAAUUAUUCGAUCCAUUCCAAGAUUAUAUGAGAAGAGAAAGAAUCAGAAGAGGAAGAAUUGGUGAAAAUUAUUUGGCUUUAUAG